AUGGAGUUUGGGAAAGCGUAUUUGAAUUUAAAGACUCUGUUUUUGACAACAAUGAUGUUCAAAUGGGGAAUCCUCUGCACAGCCAUACCUGAGAAAUGCUUGUCUGAACCCUGUCAAAAUGGUGCUACCUGUGUGGACACAACAGAUGAUUAUGCCUGCAUUUGUGACAGCGAAGGGGUUAGAUACAUGGGCAAAAACUGUGGUCAACUCUAUGACGCUUGUUCCUUUGCGCCAUGUGAAGAUUGCAUCAGCACUCCUGGUAUGCCGGAAUAUCACUGCAUCUGCCCAGAUGGACUAUCAGGUGAUAACUGCACAGAGGAGGUGGACGAAUGCCUGAGCAACCCCUGCUCUGAGCCACGUCUUUUGUGCGUCGAUCAGUUCAACGGGUACUUCUGCAGGUGUCCUUCUGGUUUCGGAGGGCCGGAAUGCCGUCGACAUGUAACCGAUUGCAUUCACAAACCCUGCAGGAAUGGGGGAACCUGCAUUUUUCAGCCACAAGGUUUUGAAUGCCGGUGUGCACCGGGAUAUGAGGGAGAGACUUGUGAGGAAGAUAUAAAUGAUUGCUUGUCGGAACCUUGUCAAAAUGGCGCUCUUUGUAUUGACGGAGUGGCAGAGUUCCAUUGCUUCUGUGUGCCGGGUUUUCAGGGCUACAACUGUGAGAUUGACAUCAACGAAUGUGCAUCGAGACCAUGUCGUAACAGUGCUACCUGUAUCAAUGAGAAGGACCAUUACAAGUGCGAGUGCCUCGUGGGCUUUGCAGGACUCAACUGUGAAGUAGAAAUUGAUGAGUGUGAAUCUGAUCCAUGCCACAAUGGAGCCACCUGCCACGACGGGAUGGGCACUUACUCAUGUAAAUGUCGACCUGGGUUUACUGGCUAUAAUUGCGAAGCGGACAUUGACGAGUGUGUGAGCGAGCCUUGCAUAAAUGGAGGAGUUUGUCGCGACAUGGUCAACAGUUAUGAAUGUGACUGCACUGACACUGGAUUUGAAGGCGACCACUGUGACGUGGACAUCGCUGAGUGUGUGUCUCAUCCUUGCCAACAUGAUGCCACGUGCCUGGAGGGAGUGAAACGUUAUACUUGUCUCUGCUGGCCAGGUUAUAAAGGCGCAAACUGUGAGAUUGACAUCGAUGAGUGUGCUGAAAACCCCUGUGACAAUGAUGGGGAAUGUUUCGAACGUUCAAAUCUGAAUCACUGGGUGCUAGACUGGGAGCUAAGAUAUGCAGACGCUGCUGGAUAUAUUUGUCAGUGUCAGUCAGGUUUUGCAGGAGAGAAUUGUACUAUUGACAUUGAUGAGUGUGAUUCUGAACCCUGCCAAAAUGGAGCUACUUGUGAGGAUCAACGCAAUGGUUACAUUUGUACUUGCCCUGCUGGAUUUUCAGGUUUUCUUUGUGAAUUGAAUGUUGAUGAAUGUGAAAGCCAACCCUGCCAGAACGAUGGCUGGUGUGAAGACGCCACUGCUUCCUACAUCUGCCAUUGCCCGGAUGCCGAUGUUGGUCAGCUGCCAUGGGGAGGCAAUGACUGUAGCGUAAAGCUUUAUGGCUGUAUCCACCACCAGUGUCAAAAUGGAGCCACUUGUCAGCCAUGGUUUGACGGAGUUGAACAUGGCCACACUUGUUUGUGCGCUCAUGGGUUCUACGAUGAGCAGUGCUCUAUACAGACAACGUUCUCUUUUUCUCCUCCAGGAUUCUUUCCGGUUAAUAUUUCUCCAGACAAGAUCCAAAUUGAGACUCCAGACAAUGAUUAUAACAGUUUUGCCUUACAGUUCCGCUUCCGGACAACAUUAUCCAAUAUGUUACUCAUUUACAGAGGAGAUGCAGACAACUAUAUCCUCAUAGAGAUCGUCGAUGGUUUGCUUCAUGCGAAAGCAUUUUCUAAUCCAUCUGAACUGAAUCUGACUUUUCCAAUUGCUGUUAAUGAUGGAUAUUGGAGAGAUGCGCAUGUGCUGGAGGAUCACACAGGCAUACGUUUGAAAAUGAAAGGACCUGGCUGCAAGAUGGAUGGUUGCAGAGUGGAAUCACCUUUCAAGACUUUGGAUACCCUUUCUCAUGUAUAUAUAGGUGGAGCACCAGAAGAGAUGCUACAGAACUCUUUAAGCGAGGCAAACUUUAUUGGAUGCAUGGAAGACAUAAUGAUAGAUGCCCAACCUAUCCUCCCACAAUCAUUUCUAGGGGAGCAAGAACAACAUGUUGGAUGUAUUAAGACUGAGUGGUGUAAACCUGACCCUUGCUAUGGGCAUGGACACUGUGUGGACCUAUGGACCAACUACCAUUGUGACUGCCAUCGGCCCUUCAACGGUACACAAUGCAAUGAAGAAUUCCAGUCCUGGACAUACAGCCACGAAGAAAGUCUGAGUUACAGCUUGUAUGAUAUUGACAAAAGCCAUGGCAGGAACUUUCAAGUGUCCUUCUUUUUGAGGUCAAGAAAGAUGGACGGACUGAUCUUUCAGCUGAGAAAACCCACGGGAGAAGUGUAUUUCUCCAUUUUUCUAAAAAUGGGGCGGAUUUUUAUCAGCUCUUGGACCAACAGUGCCCCUUUAACAGCUCCCAUAUUUUUGACAACAGGAGAAAAGCAAUUUGUGCUUGUCGAAGUCCAGCAAAGACACGUUAUUUUUGAACAUGCAAGUCUUCGUUAUGGAGUAGGGACCAUACCUGAAGUAAGCAUUGAGAGCGGGGAUCAGGCUUACUUAGGAGGACUACCAGAAGAUUUGGACUCUAAUCUUUGGGGUGGUCACUACAAAGGCUGCCUCCAGGACUUUCGUUUAGAUUCCGUACAUCUGGAAGUGGAUACAAGGAACAACCCCGAUGGCGAGGGCAUCUAUUUAUCAAGUGAGGCUGAAAAUGUCAAGAGAGGUUGCAUCAGUGAUAAUACUUGCAAGAUGAGCCCUUGUCAAAACGGGGGAGAAUGCACAUUCAUGUUCAAUGAUUUCACAUGUACUUGCCCAGUGGACUACACCGGCAUUACUUGUGAAACUCGAGUAUGGUGCGUCAGUGAUCCUUGUUUAAAUGGUGGCCAUUGCGUUGACCUCGUUGAUGGAUAUGAAUGUCUAUAUAAUGCAACAUUCGACAACAAUCCAAUACAGUUCAGCGCUGGAGGUUCCCUGUCUGAACCGGUAUCUUCAAUAUAUAUUGAGCUCCGGACCCGUUCUGAGAAUGCGGUUCUUUUAAGGGCCUCGAAGGAUUCCGACCUGCUAAUAGUCGGCCUGCUUGACUCCUCAGUUUGGGUUGAGAUCCACAUUGCAACCAGACCCGGGAUACUGACCUUUACGGGAGAGCGCAAAGUGAGUGAUGGGCGGUGGCAUCGAGUCAACGUAUCAAUGGCAAAGCAAGACCACAAAGCUGCUCCUUGGAUAAUUACUGUGGAUGGAAUUAUUGAUGCCAGGAGCCUACCUGAGAGCACUGGGAGUUUACACUUUCUCAACGGUCAAAGCUCUUUGCUCACCAUAGCGGAGAGCUUCACCGGGUGUUUGGGUGCGGUAAGGGUCGGAGGAGUUUAUCUUCCAUUUGUGGAAGACUACAACACUCCACAGCUGUCUCAAUUCCGUUUACUUGAAGAGCAAAACAUACAUUUGGGCUGUAGCGGUAGCCCUGUUUGUGAGUCAGAUCCUUGUCUAAAUGGAGCUACAUGCAUUGAUCUUUUCAAUCAAUUUAGGUGUAAGUGUGACUCCGGUUGGGAAGGACACCUCUGCGAGACUGAGACUGAUGACUGUAUCUCUCACCCUUGUGUUCACGGGAACUGUAAAGACUAUUUAGCUGGUUUUGAAUGUCUGUGCCACCCUGGAUAUGUAGGAGAGCUCUGUGAUGUUGACGUGGAUGAGUGCGAGCAUCAUUCUUGUAAACAUGGAGGCACCUGUCAAGAUGGAACCAACACUUACACUUGUAUAUGCCCUAAAGGUUACAGUGGUCCACAAUGCGAGUGGGACUAUCCUCCACUACAAUGUGGUAAAGAUGUGCUUUGUGCAAAUGAUGGAAGCUGCAAUGAUGGGCUAUGGGGCGCUAACUGUACAUGCAUUCCAGGUUUUAAAGGCAAAAGAUGUGAAUUUGAGAUUGAUGAGUGUGGCUCCAAUCCUUGCCGACAUGGCGGUACUUGUUUGGACCGGUUCAAUAGAUUUGUGUGUGAAUGCCCACCAGGAUACAGUGGUCAAGUCUGUGAAACUAAUAAACAAGCCAGUAAACAAGACAUGCCCUGGCUGGUAAUGACUGUCACCGUGUUUUCCUUCUGCAUGUUAGCUUUGAUAAGUGGCUUGACCUUCAUGGUACUAACGACAAGAAAGAAGCGCCAGUCAGAGGGGGCUUAUAGCCCCAGUGCUGAAGAGUUUGCUGGAGCUCGCUUGGAAAUGGACAGAAUGCUUAAAGUUCCACCGGAGGAAAGACUCAUCUGA